UCUUUAAGUGGUGCUCCUGGAGCCGAGGCUUGCUCUUCUACCGCAGCCCAACAGGGCCACCCGCCUGGCAGAAACACCUGCCAGGUUAUGUAUCCGAGGGAGGGCGAGGAAACGAGGCGCGCUUUUGCCAUGCCCAGAGGCCGCCCGGCACCGGCCCGGCCCUCGGAGGCGUCUCUGCCGGAGGGACCCGCUCGGAGAGGCGCGGCGGCCCCACCUUCCCUGCCGCGCGGGACGCCCCCUCGGUUCCGGCGCGUGGCUGCGAGGCCCGCGGAGGAGGCGCGGCGCGGAGAGCGCGAAAGACACGCGGCCUCCUUCCUCCUGGGGCCAGAGGCGGCGCCGCCCGCAGGAGCGCCAUACGAGGCGGCGCCGCGCCGGAGCCUCGGCCGAGGAGGAGGAUGCUGCCGGCGCUGCUCGCCUGGGCUCUGCUGAGCGCGGCCGCGCCUCCGGGCGCCGGCGGGGCAGCGCUGCGCUUCCGACUGCGGGGCUCGCCGGCGCGGCAGGUCAGCCCGGCUUUCCUCUCGCUCACCCUGGACGCCAACCUGGCCACCGACCCCCGCUACAUCACCUUCCUCAGCUCUCUGAAGUUGCGGGCCUUAGCCAGAGGUUUGUCACCUGCCUUUUUGAGAUUUGGAGGCACCAAAACAGACUUUUUGAUCUUUGACCCCAAAAAGGAGCCAACCUUCGAAGAGGCACUCUUUUCAGAUUUGUUGGCAAAACAAGAUGCUUCAGACCGUUGUGGAUUCAAACCAGCACCUUUGGACCUGUUAGAGCACUUGCAGUCACAAUGGCCCUUCCAGGAGAUGCUCAUCCGUGGGGAGCAGGACAGGAAGAAACACAAAAACACCACCAUCACAAGAAGCACAUUGGACAUCCUGUACAACUUUGCACAAUGUUCAGAGCUGCAGCUGAUAUUUGGACUCAAUGCAUUGCUCCGGACAGGCAGCUCCCACUGGGACAGCUCAAACGCUCGGUUCGUUUUGGAUUAUUGUGAUUCUCAGAAAUAUGACAUGUCUUGGGAACUUGGAAAUGAGCCAAACAGCUUCAGGUUGAAGUCUGGCAUUUACAUUGACGGCUUCCAGUUAGGACAAGACUUCAUACAACUACGUCACCUUCUGAGCAACUACAGCCACUACAGAAAUGCCAAAGUCUACGGGCCCGACAUAGGUCGGCCUCGAAAGCACACUCAGAAGUUGCUGCGGAGCUUCCUGAAAUCUGGAGGGAAAGUAAUUGACUCUGUCACGUGGCACCACUACUAUGUAAAUGGACGAAAUGCUACCCGAGAGGAUUUCCUCAGUCCAGAUGUGCUGGAUACCUUCAUUGCAGAUGUACAAGAUGUUCAGCAGAUUGUCGAUGCCACUGUACCAGGCAAGAAAGUGUGGCUGGGAGAGACAAGUUCAGCCUAUGGGGGUGGCGCUCCCCGACUGUCCAAUACAUACGUUGCUGGUUUUAUGUGGCUGGACAAACUAGGACUGUCUGCUAAGCUGGGCAUCGAUGUGGUGAUGAGGCAGGUUUUCUUUGGAGCAGGAACGUACCAUCUGGUGGAUGCCAGCUUUGAACCUCUGCCAGAUUAUUGGCUCUCUUUGCUGUACAAGAAACUGGUGGGCACCAAAGUCCUGGAUGUCAGCCUGGGUGAAGACCACAGAAGGCUUCGAGUGUAUCUUCAUUGCACAAAUGAGCACCAUCCAAAAUACAGAGACGGUGACAUCACCCUGUUUGCCUUAAACCUCUACAAUAGCACCAAAUACCUGCAGCUCCCCUCUUACCUCUCCAGCAAGCCGGUUGAUGAAUACCUUUUAUUGCCUUAUGGAAGAGAAAACAUCCUUUCCAGGUCUGUUCAGCUGAAUGGUCACGUCCUAAAAAUGUUGGAUAAUGAAACGUUACCAGCACUCAGGGAGAAUCCUCUUAGCCCAGGAACCAGCCUCGGACUGCCAGCUUUUUCAUACGGAUUUUUUGUAAUCAAAAACGCCAAAGCUAUGGCUUGCAUUUAGCAGCCGGAUGCACAUUCCUAGAAUCCCGUUGAAGGUCAUAUUCCUGUGAGAACUUCUCCUGAACAGUCCUGCUCCAAAUGUGCAGAAACCAAGGGCUUAUUAUGAGUUCAGCAGGCUGGGAUCUGACCGAGGUUUGGCAUCUUUCAUCUCUCUGGUUUGUAAUGGUUCACUCGGCGGCACUUUAUUGCCCCUGCUGUUGUCCACAGGGAUCCCGGUCAGAGUCAUUGAGAUCCAGAGUUGUGUCACAGUCUGCAUUUCGGACAAGGAUCUGGGAGAUCUGGGUUCAGACCCCACUUGGUCGUGAAGCUCGUUGAGUGAUCUUGGGCCAGUCACACUCUGUCAUCCUUACCUACCUCACAGGGUUGUUUUGAGGAGAAAAUGAAUAUGGGAGAGGAACAUAUACCACCCUGAACUCCUUGGAAGAAGAGUGGGGAAGUACUAGAUAGAUAUGCACAAUCAGGAACUUGUCAUGGGGCAAGCUAUGGCAUGGGUGGCAUAAGUGGACUAAGAGAAAGUUAAGGGCAAAGAGACGAGAUAGUCAAGUCCUGGGAAGGCAUAGUAAGACAAAGCCCGACCUUGUAACACCUCACCCACCUUCAGUUGUGAUAUAAAGGCUCAGGGAUCUCUAUUCCUACUCAUCUCUGAAGAAGGGAGCUCUGACUCUCAAAAGCUUACGCUCUGAAAAUCUUGUUGCUCUCUCAGGUGCCACUGGACUCAAAUCCUGCUGUUCUACUGCAGGCCAACACGGCUACCCACCUAAACUAUUCUGUUGUUCUGGUCUGCAAGCAGGUUUUUUUGAAAUCUCAGACAGAAAUUGUAAUCUGUGGUGUAACUUGCUGCUGAUGUUUGCCCUUGCUCCUAUUCACCUGAAGAGGGGAACGAUUCUAGCUUGGAUGAAUUCUACAGAAAUAAUGGUGGACUUGAAAUGACACAUGAUUUUUACACAUUUUAUUUAAAAAGGGACAACAGGGUAAGGAACAAGCAUGAUUAAGCCAAAGCAGUCCCUUUGGCAUCCUUUCAGGCUCUCUGCCUCUCGCAGUCUAGUCCCUCCUUUUUGCAAGCAAAAACCCACCAAGUGUUCUCAAAACAUCCCUUUGAUAUUUCGACUUGCAGCUCAGCAAGACUCCAGUAGAACAAGGUUGGCUCUCACUAACGAGCGUCCCGACCUUAACCGCUUCACAGAUAUCUGUUCUUCAGAAACACAGACACAGUUCACCAGGUUCAAUUAAGCAGAAUAAGUCUGUCAGAGUUCAAACUGGGUCUCUCCUAAGGCCUGGAACAGCUAGAAAAGCAUGGCUGCCACAGGUUCAUGCCACUAACAAGAAGCCUGAAACAGGAGUUCCAAUAGGCUCUUCCUGCUUCCUUCUACAGGAGCUACUAGUAGGCUAAAGAAGUCAUUCAUCUCAGUUGAAUUUUCAUACCAAGGUAGGAAAGGGGACAAGAAACUUCCUGAUAUGCUCUUGCAGACAUUGGCUUUCAUGUGUACCGAACACGUUGACCUGCUGAAUGCAUGCAACAGAGACAUCAUCCAUGCCGGCACUCAUGCUGAUCGCCACCAGUUCAAACGGACGAGCAGGAUCAAGCAUGGGAAGAGUAGAAACAGUCACACAAAACAAAGAGUCGCUUCUUACCCCAAUGGCAACGAGUACUUCCUUGACCCUUUCCAAAUAGCAACCAAAACAAAAAAAUCGUGACGACCUAACAGAUUCAAUAAUAAUUACUUUCACAAGCCAAUUAUUACAGUAUUUCAGCAUGCAUAUUAUAAUUUAGUAUUCAAGAAAACCAAUUGCACACACACACA